GAUCUGAGACUAUCGGCAACCUGCGGACAAGCGAUGAUGCGGAAUUUGACGUCGUUCGUAGUUUUCCUCACUGUGGUGCUUGGAACAGCAGUAUCGAAACCAUUAUGGUCGACCAUAAUCGACAGUGACAUAUAUUCCACACCCGAAAUCAACGCACAGUAUCAAGACACGCGUUCUUCUUCUCCCUAUUAUGUUUACAAUAUCUAUACAAACGUAGGAGGUAUACCAAACACUGUUCAUGUCAGCGGUAAACCAGCAGUUUCUUACCUUCCUGCUUACAAUUUAUACUACGGAACGUCGAUUUACGACUUGCAGAUUCCAUUCAAUCCGAUUUAUCCCGUGCUAACACCAUCACAUCCAGGAGUGCUUCCUCCAGCACUUCCACCAACAUCCACGCAAGAGCCUUUCGAUGAUGAUAAUGAUUACGACGGAAUCGAGAAAUUAGAUACAAAAGUCGAUCCAGCCACAGAAACAAAGAAACCAGAAACGAGCGAGCAUGACGAUUCCAUAACCGUGGAAGCGAUAUGAGAUCAUUUUCCUCGUCACGUACGUAGCACAUACAAACGUGAAAGGAAUAAUGGUUUAAUUAUUGAGUGUUCGCGUGUUUGCUUCCUUAUUUUGCACACAUUGUAUAUAUAUAUAUAUAUAUUUUUUUUUUUAAAUAUAUAUAUUAAUUAAUAUUACAUUAUAUUAUAUUGCGUGACGAAGAUUGCAAAGAUGGCAAAGAUUGCAUUCUAAGACGGUAAAAAAAUUUGUUUAUAUAUAUUUUUCAUUAUAUU